AUGGCUAAUUAUGUCCUACCUGCCGGGUGUUCACUCUUCUUUCUACUCUUGACUGCGUGUGUCACAACAGCAGAUGACAUGGGCAAACUUUACACGUUUAAGCAAAUGGAAAUGGAACCGUACAAAAGCCUUUAUCGUGGCUAUCCUAGAGACACGAUUGGCAGAAUAUUUUUCACCUUUUCGGUUGAGGAGUUUUCCUGCAGUCUCGAAGAAGGGCUUUCUUCAAGUACAUCAGCUUGCAAACGAGCAUUCAUGUCGACACAUGGCAUUUCUACCGCAUACCGUGACGAUGAGCCGCCGAAAUAUCUUGCAAAGCCUGAGGAUUCUUGGUACGACAAGGAUCAGCUAAAUCUGAAGAAUCUUAAAGUUCCCUUGUACAACAGCCCGGACCUCAAAGGAAUACCUUCUAGCGGCGGAGAUGCCUUUCGGCGGCCUGGAGUGUUGAGCGGAGAACGCGUACGACGUAUACAGGAAAUCAUGCAUAGAUGCGCUGAGCGAAUCGGACGUAGAAGACACCCCGGUGACCUUGUGGAACUCGGCUGUGGAUAUGCAGACUUCCUGGACCUCAUGUUUCGCGGACUCAAGACUAAAGGGCGCAAUAUACUAGCACCCCUUGAGGCCGAGGAAGCAUUUUCUGGUAAGCCAUGCCUUGACAUUCAUCUCCAAAGACCCUACUUACAAGAAGAUUUAUAG